AUGGCAACAUUCGAUCGAUACUUAUUAUCAUCAAGAAAAGUUCGUCUACGACAAAUGAGUACAAGAAGACAACGAACAAAAUUGAUAAUAUUAUUUAUAAUUGUUCUUAUUGGAUCACAUAGUAUACCAUUAAUAAUAUAUUAUGAUGUAUCAACUAAUGGUCAAUGUAUUAUAUUUUCUAUUCAAUAUUCUUAUUAUUAUUUAUAUGUAUUUCAAAUAUCUUUACAUGGAACAAUUCCAAUUAUAUUUCUUUCAAUAUUUGGAUUAUUAACAUUUAAACAAUUGAAAAUAAUAACAAAACAUAAUCCAUAUAAUAAUUUAAAUAGUGAUAGACAAUUAGCUCGUAUGCUUUUAUUAAUGUCAAUUGCUAUUAUAUUAUCAUCAAUUCCAAAUUGUAUUGAACAAAUUUAUGAUGUUUUAUUUGGUGGUAAUAGUUAUGAACAUUCAUCAAAAUAUUUUCUCUAUCAUGUUAUAUCAUCUAUUUUAUUUUAUACAAGUCCUGUAACUAGUUUUUAUAUCUUCUAUAUUUCAACACCAAAUUUUCGUAAUCAAAUUCGAAAUUUAAUUGUAAAUAAUAGACAUACAGAUUAUAUAGUACAUGAUUCAAUACAAUCAAGAAGUAUAACAUUAUUUCCAUCAAAAUAA